CUCUACUCUCUACUCUCUACUCUCUACUACUACUACUUACUUCCCCCUCUCCCCUUACUUACAUAUUACCAUUAUCUUAAAACCCCUCAUCGAAUCACUACCCUCCAUUCUGCCACCUUGGAUUUGUUUUUAGUCUUCUUUGUGGGGUACCCUUUAAAGCUUUUAGGACCCCACUAAAAUGUUUCUUUGCCACCGACGAUUGUUUAAGCUAAAUUAUAAACAUCAAGCAAACAAACAGCUACAACUACAACAACAACAACCACCCCUCUCUUCAAAUAUAGCCUUUUCCCUUCUUCCUUCUUAUUCACUUCCCAUUUCUCUCAAACCCCCAUUCUUCAAAAUCCUCUCUUUCUCUUUCUCUUUCUCUUUCCCUCUUAUCUCUUACCUAUUUUGUUUUGUGAAGUUGCCUCUUCUCUUAUAAGUAGAGCAACUCAAAGAAGAGAAUUAAUGGAGUAACUGUGAAAGUGAAGUUGUUGUUCUCUAUUAUAUCUAUCCAUCUUUUGUGAUCUCUCUCAUUUUUCUUUUCUUUCUCUUUCUCAUUUCAUCAUUAUGGGUCUUACUUCUCUUCAAGUUUGCAUGGACUCUUCUGAUUGGCUUCAGGGUACAAUGAACGAGGAGUCGGGGAUGGAUUCUUCGUCGUUAUCGGGAGAUAUGCUAUCGUGUUCAAGGCCAUUAACAGAGAGGAGAUUAAGGCCACAGCAUGAUCAAGCUUUGAAAUGCCCAAGAUGUGAUUCAACUCAUACCAAAUUUUGCUAUUACAACAAUUACAGUCUCUCUCAACCUCGUUACUUUUGCAAGACUUGUAGAAGGUAUUGGACUAAAGGUGGAACUUUAAGAAACAUUCCUGUUGGUGGUGGUUGUAGAAAGAACAAAAAAGUUUCCACUACAAAAAAAUCCAAUGAUUCACAACAACAACAACAACAACCACAAAUUCAACAACCCAUUUCUCAAAAUCAUCAUCUUCUUCAUGGCCCUUCUUCAUCUUCAUCUUCUUCACUUCAUCACAUUCAUAACCCCACUGAUCUUCAUCUCUCAUUUCCAGAUCAAAUUCAAUUCCCACAUUUCAAUCCUCUCACUCCAAAUUUCACCAUUGGAAUGCUUGAAACUCACCAUCAUCAUCAUCAACAAACUCGACCCAUUGAUUUCAUGGACACAAAAAUGGAAGCCAUUGUUGGGAAUAAUGGUCAUCAUUACACUACAAACACUGAUCAUUUAGCCAUGGUUGGUGGGUUAACUAGUGAUCAUCACAUUACUGCUGCUGCUGCUGCUGCUGCUGCAACAAAUUUCCAUGGAAUUUGCUCUCCUUAUGGACUUUCACUUGAUGGGAAUAAUAUCAAUCAAAUGAUGAUUCCUUAUGAUCAACAUCAACAAAAUGAAGAUCCAAAUGGAAUGGAUGUCAAACCAAAUACAAAGCUUUUGGCUUUGGAAUGGCAAGAUCAAGGAGGAUGUUCAGAAAAAGUUGAAUCUUAUGGAUAUAUAAAUGGAAUUGGGUCUUCAUGGAAUGGGAUGAUGAAUGGAUAUGGACCAUCAACAACCAACCCAUUGGUGUAAAAUUGAUAGGCAAAAAAUGGCACUCAAAAGUAUAAAAUGAUAUCAAUGUGGUCUAUCAUAAUUUUUAGUGCCUUUUAUCAGUUUUUUUUUUUCUUCUUCUUUACUUAAAAGAAUGUGUCUGAUUUUUGUUUAAUUUGAAAUCUCUCUAAUUUGGAAGUGUGUCUUUGGGAUUGUGUCUACAAAUCCAAAGCUCUCUAUUAGGAUUUUGUUGUAUUCUAGGGAGUGCUUUUGUAGUAUAAAAAAAAAAGGACUUUGUUUUCUUUUUUUCCUCUA